AUGCAAAGUCCUAGAGAUCCUCACUUGAAGGCUGUAUUUCAUGUGCUAAGAUACCUCAAAAGAGAUCCAAAUUUAGGCAUCUUUCUUUCUAAUAGUGAAGACUACAGAGUUCGAGCCUUCUGUGACUCAGAUUGGGCAACAUGUCCUCAGUCCAGAAAAUCAGUAAGUGAGUACAUAGUGCUUCUUGGGGCCAGUCCCAUUAGCUGGAAGUCAAAUAAAGAGUCUACUAUUGCUCUUUCUUCUAAUGAGGCAGAAUACAUGUCCACUAGGAAGGUGGUUGGGGAGCUGGUUUGGCUUGCAAGGCUGUUGAUGAGCUCAUUGUACCUCUGUCUUUCCCCAUACCAGUCUUCUAUGAUAGCCAAGUUGCCCUACACAUUGCUAAAAACCUAG